AUGCGCGGGGCUGAUAGAGGACAUGAGUGCCGCUGCCUCUUUUUCACCAUUUUCCCAUGCACACUCCACUCCCCUCCCAUUCCCUCUCUUUUCCCGUUCCUCCCCUCCCCUCCCUUCCCCUCCCCUCCCCUCCCUUCCUCCCUGCGCACAAACCCUCAGGUGCAGCGGCUGGAAUCUGACAGGGCGCUGCUGAAGAAGCAGGUGGACGCGUUUGCCUCUCAGCCACACUCUAUCUCCCCUGUACGACGGUUGGAGUCGGACAGAGCGCUGCUGAAGAAGCAGGUGGAUGCGUUCGCGUCUCAGCUGCACCUCACCAACUCGCAGCUCUCUCAGGCGCAGGCGGCUCUGCAGGCAGUGCAGGAGCAGAACAAUGCGCACUCUAACAAGGUGCGUGGCUGGCCUUUUGUUUCCAUCAAAAAGCACUGUGUAGCCAAGUCAGCAGGUGGACUAGGCGCGUUCGCGUCUCAGCUGCACCUCACCAACUCGCAGCUGGCCCAGGCUCAGGCAGCACUGCAGGCAGCACAGGAGCAGAACAGUGCGCACUCCAACAAGUCGGAGGAGCAGGCAGCAGUGCUGCGCAAGGCAGUGGAGGCAGCAGGCAUUGAGAGGGAUGCAGCUGUGCUCGCCAAGGAGGACCUGGCAUCGCAGGUGCGGGUGCUGAAGAGACGACUGCAGGAGGCAGAGGAGGAGCAAUGCAAGGCAGAAGAGGCAUCGGCAGCGCUAGCAGCAGAGCUGAGGGCGCUACAGCACUCAACAGAGGCCACGGUGGAUCGGGCAGGUGCGGCGUUUUCUCCCGACCCUGACCAGCUCCGGGUUGCCGAAGCUGCCAGGGAUGCUGCCAAGGCUGAGCUGCAGGACCUGCGCCAGGAGCUGACAGGCAUGCGGCAGCAGCUGAUAGCAGAGAGGCAGAGGGCGGCAGCGGCGGCUGGAGGGAAGGAAGCGGUUGAGAAGCAGCUGGCAGCCGUGCAGGCGAGUCUGAAGGGGGCAUUGGAAGCAGAGGAGAGGCUCAAGAUCAAUGCUAAGGCAGAGGUUCGGCAAGAGGUGGAAGGGGACCUCAGGUCCGACAUCGAGGCUGAGGUUCGGCAGAAGCUGGAAGCGGAGGUCCGGGAAGCGGCUGAGGUUGAGGCUCGGAAGAAGAUGGAAUCCGAGGUUCGGCAGGACGUGGAGGGGAAGGUUCGGAAAGAACUUGAAGCUGAGGUUCGGGAGAAGCUGAAGGCGGAGGUUCGGGAGGAGCUAGGAAGGGGAGCUGGGAAAAGUGCUGAGGAGGACUCAAAAGCCAGCAGGCUAGGGCCGGCGGCAGGAUCGGUCGAUGUGGGAACUCAAGUGACAUCUGUGAGCGAGGAGGCUCGGAAAGAGAUCGAAGCAGCUGCUGUGGCUCGGAUGCGGCAGGAAUUGAAGGAAGAGGUUCGUAAGGAGCUUUGGGACGAGGUUGAGAAGCAGGUUCGGGAAGAGGUGUCUGAGAAGGUUCGGGAGGAGAUGCGGAAGGAGGUAGAAAUGGAGUUGAAAAAGUCCAAGGAGGCAGACACAGAUGAUCCCGAGCUGCCAGUCUCCACCUCCCCCAGGCAGCACCUGGAGCUGCCACCAGUAAACACCUCCCCUAGAGAAGCCCUGGAGCUGCCACCAUCGUCUGCUGCUGGGAUCUCAGCAAGUGGGGAACGGAAUGGAGAGGUGGUGGCUCUGCAAGGGGAUGGUGCACUGGUGGUAGGGUCAGGAGCGGUGGAAGGUGGUGGAGAGGAUGGGGCAGGGAAGGAGGACGGGGAUGGGGUUCGUGGUGGGGAGGAUGGGGGAGUGGGCAAGAGGAGGAAAGAGGGUGUGGAGGUGACUGGAGGAAACUCCAUGGAAGUUCUGGUGGAAGAGAACAAGAAGCUCAAGGACGAACUCACUGCCGCCCAGAACCGCAUCCGCCAGCUGUCAGUGCAGGCACUGCGCUCCGAUGCCAGCUUCAAAGUGGGGGUGGAAGUAGGAAGGUGGGCGCAUACAGGCGCUGUGCUCCCAGAGGCUCUCACAGACCAAGCGCCUGUGAGUAGUGGUAGUGUGCUCAGCACUGGUGGUACUAGGUAG